UCUGUGGACCAAUCAGAAAGCAGAAAAAUGAUGUCAUGCCCUCUUAACCAAUCCGCGUAUUCAGACAAAGUAAAAAGUUCGGAGCCGAGUUUCAACCGCUGGAUUGCCUCCGAAAUUCAUUACUUGCUAAAUUCUAGAAGUUUGUUACCACGCUUUUUGAAAAAACAAGAAAUUCUCUUCGUAUCUGCGAAAAUGGCUUCAAGAAACAGUAAACGUUCUUUGGAACCCUUUUUUGAUCAAUGUGAGGAUUCCGAUGUAUCUGUAAGAGAUUCUAAUGAUCAAGUAAGCUAAAUUUUAUUUAUGUGUUUUAUUUACACUGCUUAGAUUUUUUUAUUAUAUUUUACCCUGUUUUGUUGAAACACGUGUUUGUAAUAUUAACGUUUCAAAACAGUUAUAUCGCCAUAUUAUUUUCAAUUGUUCUUUGACCACGUGUUUGUAAUACUUACAUGAUUAAAAAUACUAUUAUUUUUAUUAUUUUGUGGUGUGAGGAUUUCCAUGCGCUUUUAAGAGAUUCUGAUGAUGAGUGCCUGAGUGAAACAUCUCAAAUAUUCAUCGAAAAUCCUAUUGACGGCAUUGAAAAUUAUUUUAGUGAUUCAGGAGAUGAACUCUUAAGUGAAACUUCGCAGAUAUUUUUGGAGAAUCCUUUGGUUUUGCCUCUUUACUAUCAAGUAGGCUCGGGAUAUGAGACUCAACCUUCUGCUCCAUCUAAAGGACCUGCAUAUGUGGAACAUGACAUUUCAGUAAAUAUGGAAAAUGCUAUUAUACUCAAAGAGAAGGCACGGCGUCGUAACCGAAAGUAUCAAGGCGAGGAAAUAACCUUCCAGGCACGUGUUGAUAUGAAUCGUCUGCCUCAAAAUAUUCGCAACAGGCCUCUUCUAGCCGUAACUGAAUCUGUUAGACAGCUGUUUGAAAUAUUAAUUCAACGGUCAACAGAAAAUCUAAGGCCGACAGAUUGGAUACGAAUGUGUAUCCAAGCCGAUGGAUUGGAUAAACCCAUGUCUACGAAAAUUAUUGCCGUAUCUUCCAUGACGGUGGAGACCGUAUUAUCGGUUAUUAUGAAAGUUCUGCAGUCAAAAGAUGAAAUUCGGCUGGAUUCAGGCUUCCUAGUAGAUGUGUGA